GGCGGUAUCAGUCCGACAUGACACAAGGCACUGCGCGGGCACGGGGCGCGCCCCCGCCCCCUCUCAGGCCAGGUAGGCGCCCUGUGACUCCACCUCUUCCCUGAUAGCGAGCCGUUGGCUGAUUGGUGGACUCUCCGGGUGGCCCCACCCCCAGCGCGGCGUCUGAUUGGCCUGCGUUUCGCUGACGCGGUCCUCCCCUUCCCCCAUUCUAGAUCCCGCGCGCCCAAGGUAACACUCGGCGAGACGAAGGGUCAAGUGAGCCAGAGCGCACGAGCCUCUCUCUCUUGGCUGCUGAUUGGACGAUUUCCUCGCUCGGCGCAUCACUUGAUUGGUCAGAGGCAGCUUCGGCUCUCCCCAUUGGCUGGUGCUGGUCCCGCCUGCUCUCUAUCGGCUUCUCCUAUUGGCUGGCUGUUCCCCAGUCAGUGAGUGCGCCUGGCCACGCGCAGUGUCUCGCGGCGGCGGUUGGAGCGGAUCGAGGCGCGCGCCGCUUUCCUCCAUUAUAACCUCCUGGGCCCCGGCUUCAUCCUCCUCACCGUCCACCUCCCCCGGGACCGAGCUCGGCGCUGCCCUCCGGUUCCCCUCCAGCUCCCCUCGGAACAUGCUCAAGCAGCCGGCAUUGCCAAGCCGCAAACCCGCCGCCAUGGCAGUGCCUGGAAACGGCUCCCCCGGGAGCCCCAACGGGAACCUUCCCUCCGCCGGCAGCAGGAGCGCGGAGCGGGGCGCAGCGGGACGGUAUGUACUAAUCCCCCGGGAAAGGGAGACCGGCAGCGGGAGAACAGCUACUGAUUGACGGGGGGUCUGUCCAAUCAGAGCGCAGGGGGCGGGGUUACCGGGAUCAGUCACAUGUUCUGUCUGCUCACCCUCCCUCCCUGGGAUACCGUUACCGGGCCGCGCAUGCGCUGUGUCCGGGGUUACCGUGGGGGGGAGGGGCAACUGUAGAAUUCAUGUUUUAGGGGAGAGGGGUAUGUAGCAUUCACACUGUGUGGGGGGGGGUUGGUAUGUAGCAUUCACACUGUGUGUUGGUAUGUAGCAUUCACACUGUGCAUGUAGCACACACUGUGUGUGGGGGUGGUAUGUAGCAUUCACACUGUGUGGGGGGUGGUAUGUAGCAUUCACAUGGUAUGCAGCAUCACACUGUGGGGGUGUAGCAUUACACUGUGGGGGGUGUGGUAUGUAGCAUUCACACUGUGUGGGGGUGGUAUGUAGCAUUCACACUGUGUGGGGUGGUAUGUAGCAUUCACUGUGUGGGGGGUGGUAUGUAGCAUUCACACUGUGUGGUAUGGCAUUCACACUGUGUGGGGGUUGGUAUGUAGCAUUCACACUGUGUGGGGGUUGUAGCAUUCACACCUACACUGUGUGUGGUAUGUAGCAUUCACACUGUGUGGGGGGGUGGUAUGUAGCAUUCACACUGUGUGUCACACACUGUGGUGGUAUGUUGCAUUCACAUGUGUGUUCACACUGGUGUGGGGGUGGUAUGUAGCAUUUCACACUGUGUGGGGGUGGUAUGUAGCAUUCACACACUGUGUAGCAUUCACACUGUGUGGUGGAAGCAUUCACACUGUGUGGGGUGGUAUGUAGCAUUCACACUGUGUGGGGGGGGGUAGCAUUCACACUGUGUGGGGGUGGUAUGUAGCAUUCACACUGUGUGGGGGGGUUAUGUAGCAUUCACACUGUGGGGGGGUAUGUAGCAUUCACACUGUGUGGGGGGUAUGGCAUCACACUGUGUGGGGGGUAUAGCAUUCACACUGUGUGGAGGGUAUGUAGCACACACUGUGGCAUUGAGGGGGGGUUAUGUAGCAUUCACACUGUGUGGAGGGGUUAUGUAGCAUUCACACUGUGUGGGUUAUGUAGCAUUCACACUGUGUGUGGAGGGGGGUUGUACACUGUGUGGAGGGUUAUGUAGCAUUCACACUGUGUGUGGAGGGGGGGGUUAUGUAGCAUUAAUUUGGUUGUGCAUUAUUUAUCUAUAUCCCAUUCAUACUGAAAAUCAUCUGUAAAUUGCUAGUAAAUGCAAAUAUACACUCUAACCACUACAUCACACUGCAGUGGUUGGUGGACCACUAAAGUCACCCAGAGUACUUCAUCUCAAUGUCCUGUACUUUAAACUUAUAAUGUUAAACAUUGCCAUUUUGGGGGAAAACCAAAUGUUAAAAUUACGUGGUUUAACACAACUCUGGCUGUCUUCAUGACUGCCACUAGAGGCACAAAUUCCUCCACAACUGAGUAAAACUUUGUUCUUUAACCCUGUGCUGCUGAUAUUAGUUGAUUGGAAGAGCACAGGGUUUGCUGCAUGCGCUUUCGUCCAGUGCUUCUCUGAGACGCAUUCCAUUGGACAAGACUGCUGGUGAUGUCAGCCUAUUGCUGACAUCACUGGAGGCUGCAAUGGAGGAGUCACAGCGAUGGAAAUUAGGUAAGUAAUGUAUCAUUUGUACACGGCAAAGGGAUUAGACUGUUUAUUUGCAAAUGGCGCCCUGGCACCAUAACCGCUACAGUGUUAUGGUGCCAAGUUUACCUUUUUAACACAUUCCAAUAAAAAGUGCGGCAUUUGUUUGCUCACAGUUUUCUCAUUGGUUAACAAGUGUUUAGGUUAUUGUGGUGGGAUGUUAGACCUACCAUGUUUUCAAAGCUACAAAGUGCUCCCAUGCAGUUAGAAAAUAAAACAGUUUGUGAUCUAUCAUUGAAUUCUAUGCUUUUUAUUAAAAAAAAUUUUAAUUUUUUUUUUAAACCAUGAUUGUUAGAAAUAAAGGCAAUUGAAGCCACAAAUGAGGCUCAAUAGAAAAUGGGAUUCUGCUUAUGGUUAUUUUGUGUAUAUAAGCACUCUACUCUUUGCACGUCCACAUGCGUAGUCCUACUUGUGCACAUGCUCCAUAUUUCUUUAACAGAAAGCUAUAGAAUUAUUUUUUAAGUCUAAAAGCAACAUCAAAACGCUUUGCAAAUGAUAUGCUAAUACUGAGGAUCACGCGUUCAGAGUUUAGUUGCUGAAAAGAUACUUGAGGAUUGUUUGUGGGUGGCUCUUGUUGUGUUGCCCUCCCCAUCAAAAAGUUCUGUCCACCUUGGCAUGUCCCUUGCAUAUUUGCUCUACUAUUCAUGAGAGAAAGUGAGGGGCAAAUAACUCUUAAAGGGAAACUCCAGUGCUGGCACUACAGGUCCCCUCUCCCUCCCACCCCACAAUCCCCAGUUGCUGAAGAGGUAAAACCCCUUCAGUAACUUACCAGAGGCAGCGACAUGUCCCACUUUUGAAACAUAGAAACGUAGAAUGUGACGGCAGAUAAGAACCAUUUGGCCUAUCUAGUCUGCCCAAUUUUCUACAUACUUUCAUUAGUCCCUGGCCUUAUCUUAUAGUUAGGAUAGCCUUAUGCCUAUCCCACGCAUGCUUAAACUCCUUUACUGUGUUAACCUCUACCACUUCAGCUGGAAGGCUAUUCCAUGCAUCCACUAACUUCUCAGUAAAAUAAUACUUCCUGAUUUAUUUUUAAAUCUUUGUCCCUCUAAUUUAAGACUGUCCUUGUUGUGGUAGUUUUCUUCUUUUAAAUAUAGUCUCCUCCUUUACUGUGAUUCUCUUUAUGUAUUUUAAAUGUUUCUAUCAUAUCCCCCCUGUCUCGUCUUUCCUCCAAGCUAUACAUGUUAAGUUCCUUAAACCUUUCCUGGUACGUUUUUUUUGGCACCCAGACCACUCCAAUGGGCAGAAGUGGUCUGGGUGCCUGGAGUGUCACUUUAACCUUGUGGGCUCAAGGAAGGUACACACUGGGGAUGUUCUGCAUUCUGAGGGUAGAUGUGUGCUUAUUGUAUUUUUCUAUUUUGAAAAGCACAUCCUUUACUGACCCUUAAACACCAAGUGAGCCAAGUUAUUUUCCUCUACUUUGUGGAUGCCAGAGAGGAACCAUUAAAGGUAGAUCUAUUCAAAUUAAUUUAUAACUUACGUGUUCUGGUGCUUGGAUGUUCUUUGAAGGUGACACUCUAAACUCAAUCACAGCACACUGUAUAGGUUGUGAUACAAGGGUCACCUGGCACUUAACAUGUUUCUUUCUAGCUUCAAGCAAGCUGCUCUCCAGUAGUAGUAGUAGUGAAGAGGGGAGGUGGUGCCAAGGUAAGAAGUCAAACUGUUUAUAAACAGUUUGAUUCCUUACAAUGCAAGUUGCCAGGGCAUUAUUGGUACCAUAACCACUACAAUUAAAUGUAGUGGUUAUGGUGCUUUGAUGUUCCUUGAUGCACUCUAAGCCCCUUAACACACUGUAGUGGUUAGGAUGCCAUGUGAUCCCUGGCAUUUACAUGUUUCUUUCUGGCCACAAGCAAGCUGGUUGGAGGCUCCAUGUUUGCCAAUGGAAUGCAUUGCAAGCUGAUUAGGAAAUAUUUGUCUCUGGUUCUUAUAACAGCGGGGAAUGUUAACCAAGCUCAGUAAGCCUAUUUUUGCCACAUUAGAGUUGGAUUGGCUAAUGUAGAAAGUGCCUGGUAGCACUGGCAGAUGUUUGUGAACUGCCUUUCAGCCUUAAGUUGGCUAGGUGGAAUGAGGAAAUGUAGUUAACUAUUGGUCAUGUUAAGUUGUUACUGACUUUGGAAAAUGUGUUUGGGGUUUUUUUUGUUUUUUUUUGUACAACUACUGUUGCCCAUUUUCUCUUCUGUCUAACAACCCCUGUGGCCACACACUGAUCCCACGUGUACCUGAUGAAUAAUCCACCUUGUAAAACUUUAUCGUUUUAGGUGGUGUGCUCAUUACAGAUGGAUGCAACAAAAUGCUUGGCUAAAUGUGAAACAAACUUUUUUUUGUGCACAAGUUUGUUUCAGCUUGUUGAGGGCAAGCUAUGAAAAAUAUUUAUUAUGACCCUUUCAGAACUAUAAUUGGUUUAAAGCAUUACUUCAAGCACCAUAAUCACUACACCUAAUCCCUUUGCACAGCUUAGCUCAGGACGAAGUAACAGAAGUUCCUGAUUCGGAACAAACGUCUCCAGCAGUAAUAGUAAAGAUGGGUGGGCAGCGCCUGGUGAUCCCCAGGUAAGGAGUUAAACUGCUCAAAAGCGGUUUCAGCUGACUCCUUACAGUCAAAGUUACCAGGAUGCUUUUGGCACCACUCUAGUGGUUAUGGUGCUUGAAGGGGACAAUCUAAGCCCCAUAACGGCACACUGUAGUGGCUAUGGUGCAAGGUGUCCUGGCACUGCCCUGUAAUCUUGAAACCCAUUCACACAUUUUAACUUUCUGUGUAAAGUACCUGCAGUCCCUGAGGUUUUUGGUGCUAAGACUGCUUAAAGGGACAUUAUAGGUAACAAAGCAACUUUGUCAGUGAAGCAGAUUUUGUGUAUAGAUCACGCCCCUGCAGUCUCACUACUCUGUUCUCUGCCAACUGGCAGUUAAAUCACCUUGCUUAUGCAGUCCUAGUCGCAUCUCCCUGCUUGUGACUUGCACAGGCUUCCUUUAAAUAUUUAAACUUGCUUUAUUGCAAAUUCUUUUUAAUUUAUGAUGUAUUUCCUGCUCUGUUGCCUCAUAGACACUGCAGAAGCCUCCUGUUUGUGAUUUUAAAGUUCAAUUUACAAAGCAGAAGAUUAGAAACUUCUAAAGCAAGUUGACACCUGAAACGAAAAAAAAAAUUCAUGCUGGUUAGGUCACAGCCAGGGAAAUUGUGGCUAGGGCCACGUAAACCGAAACAGGCAAUUUAGUUCCUGAAUGGCAGCAAAUUGGACAGUGAGACUGGGCAUGACCUAUAGCAACCAAACGAGUCCCAGUGAUAUCUGCUAGUGCAAUCUAAGUGGUGAUUGCAGGUGGUGAGGGACAAUCCUCAAUUUACAAAUUGCAGCUGAAGUGAUACUAAGUGGUUGCUUACCUAUGACCUAUACAUUUAAACUGACUUGAUGCCCAUAUUGUUCCAUUAAAUUCAUGGUUCACAUCAGGUUUGUAUUGUAUUCAUUAAAUAAGUGUCAGCUAACCACUCUCAUCCAAUGAAUAUUGAUUAAACCUGGUAUGAUAUUGUAGUCAUAUAAACUUCCACUGUAUCAUAGCCACUCUGAUUGUAAUACCUACGUUUAUCCAACACCGCAAGGGAAGUGUGAAAGAGUUUCUAAAUGGUUUAACAGAUUUUAAUUUGACAGUGCCCAGGGACUCCAUAACAGCCACAGUGCACUAUAAAGGAGCAGUCUAAAGACUGUAGCCACUAAACAGGAGCUGUGGCUACUGAUAUUUUAGCACUGCCCGGUAUGUAGAGGAGUCUACCGAUUGUGCUUUUUAUUUCCUUUAAAAUUCUCAUUUUAUUUUUUGGAAUAUGCCAAAAGUUAUGUUUCUGGCUGCAAAGAGGGAACAUUUCCCUCUUCAAUUCUAAUUCUCUUGUAUGUGGUCUUUCUACGCAUUACCAUAAACAAUGGGUUGCACGUGUGUUUUGUUUCCCUUUGUUUUUUUUUGUCACUUCUGAUAUAGGGUAUAAAGCUCUGUCCUGCAUCUGUAUGCUUGGAUUCAAAUUGUACAUAAGCUAUCCAGUAGUUGUCUCAUACAUUUGGGUGCUGUAGAUGUCCUUAUCAGAGCAGUAAUUUAGUGGUCUUCUAUUUUUUAUAUAUAUAUAUAUAUAUAUAUAUAUAUAUAUAUUUAUUUUUUUUUUAAUUUUUUUUUGUUUUAUUUUGUUAACGGAGUAUUAACUAACUGAACUGCCUUUGUGUUUUUGUUUUUUCCUGCAGGGGCAGAAGUAUAGUAAAAGGCCUGCAGCCUCCGGUGAGUUAUUCUGAAAUGCAGUGUAUCUGGUUUAUUUUUAGUACAUUAGGUUCAUCAUUGUUGGGAACACAAAUUAUAAAGAUUGCCAGAUACAAAAGUCUGAUCACACAUUUUUAAACAUACAUGCGUGUAUAAUUUUUUUAUUUUUUAUACUUAAUGCUUGAAAUUUGGAAAUAUGUUAAUAUAUUUCAAGUGCCCUCAUUUCCUUUCUGAAUGUUUUGCAUAGUGCAUGCACUAUGGAAUGGAAGCUGUGAUUAUUAUUAUUAUUAUUAUUAUUAUUAUUAUUAUUAUUUUAUUUUUUGUAUCUAUCAUGCUCUGAUUUGAAAACUUAAGGAAAGUGUAUUUUAAUGAGCACUUGGGGUAUAUGAUAAACGUUAUAUAUUUCCCUUUGGUCCUCUCACUGCAGCAUCUUUGAGAAGGAUAGGACUAAAUUUAAUGAGUUUCCUGGAGUGCACCAUUAAAUUAUCUGAUUUGGGGGGGGGGGGGUGUUGCUUUGUUUAGGGUGCAACUUAUAUGAAUGCUUACUGUUUGAGUAACCCCAUUUAAGCCAUCUCACUGGCUGUAGACAUUCAUUCUUUAAAGGUGGUACAAGUUUGCUGUUUUCAUGGCAGUUGCUUGCCAUCUAUUUGUGUUAAUUAGCAUUCAGUCUGCUCAGUUAUGUACUUCAAAAUGGCCAUGUCACUGGGACAAUUUGCAUAAAUCCUCUUGAAUGCAGUGGAUAGGUCUGUGCUUUACCACACAUAAUCGUUCUGUGAGUAUAAUACAUGCUGUUUGCUUUUUGUUUUCCAGGUUUUUGAAGGGGUUUAUAAUAAUUCUCGCAUGCUGCAUUUUUUAACUGCUGUUGUGGUAAGUAUGAGAAUUUAGGGCUUCUAUGUAUUACCAAAUGAGUGCCCUGCUACUUGUAAAGUUUUGCAUUUGAUGCUGCGCUUCUUGCUUAUCGAUAGUUUAAAAGUGAUUUUUGUAUUAGGAUGGCCCUGUUCUUGUUUUUAUGAUAACUGUACUCUGAGUGGCCAUUCACUAAACUUGAACAUUCGAGUAUAGAGUAGGGAUUGACCGAUAUGAGUUUUCCAGAGCCGAUACAGAUUGUCACCUUUUGGGACAAUAACCGGUGCCGAUAUUAUGUAUGUUUAAAGUUUUCAAUAAAAAGCAACAUAAUUUCUACACAAAUCUGUCUUUAACUGAAUAAAAGCAUUAACAUCAUGCUGACCACCUUAAAUUCACAUUUGGGGUAGGAGAAUGUGUUUGGAAGAUGUUAUGUGACAAGACUUGCCUUUUUAUGUUUGUGAAAUUUGGUUCCUUGCUGCAGGUAAUACAUUUUGUCAGCUUUCUGUGGAAAGUACACGCAAUCUAAUGCCUCCGUUCAUGUUAACUGCUUCUUGUUGUACUGAAAGUAAAUUAUCUUUAGGUGUAAUAGAAUGUUAAUGGGUGGCAAGAGUGUAAUCAUGUACGGCAACUCAGUCAGUGACAGGAGGGGCUUCAAGGUCUUUAUUUACACUUUUUUGUUUGUUUGUUUAGGGUUCAACGUGUGAUGUGAAGGUGAAAAAUGGUACUGUAUACCAAGGGAUCUUCAAGACCUUAAGCUCUAAGGUAUGUAUAUAAAUUUCUUUAUUGCUAUAGAUAUGACACAUUAUUAGCUUGCUGGUAAUCCAUUACGUUCUCAAGGAAUGUCCAACAUUUAGUUCUAAUUAUUAAAGGACUACUAUAGUGCUAGGAAAACAAACUCGUUUUCCUGGCACUUUAUGGUCUUUAGGUCCCCCUCACCCGGGCUCUAGGGGGAGGAAGGGGUUAAACACUCAAUGAGACAGCCACUAGAGGCUGGAUUAACCCUAGUGUAAACAUAGCAGUUUCUUUGAAACUAUGUUUACAGCAGGCAGGGUUAACCCUAGAUGGACCUGGCACCCAGACCACUUCAUUAAGCUGAAGUGGCGUGGGUGUCUAUAGUGGUCCUUUAACCCCUUAAGGACACGUGACAUGAUUCCAUUUUAUUCCAGAACUAUGGUCCUUAAGGGGUUAAAGAAAUUUAUGGUUUGUAUAUGUCUUACUAAUAGUGUCCUUUCUUGCAGUUUGAGCUGGCUGUUGAUGCCGUGCACAAGAAGACAAAUGACCAGACCGUGGGGCCAAAGCGUGAGGAUAUUGUGGACACCAUGAUUUUCAAGCAUUCAGAUGUUGCAGUGGUUCAUUUCCGCAACGUAGACUUCAAUUAUGCUACAAAGGGUAGGCUGGUGUUUUGAGCACAAUGCCUUUUUCUUCCACUCCUGGCACAGAAUGAUCCUUGUCAAACAUGCCAUUGGGUGGAUCUUCCCAAUAAAGAUCCACCCAAAUAUAGAUGUCCAGCUCCAAUUCCUUGUUUGUGGACAUAUAGCAUAGAUCCAUUGAGGAACUCUUCCCCAGUUGAUGUUUUGUAUAGCUCUCUCGCCCCCUGAUUAAUCUGUUAUACCAUAUCUCCCCUAUUGUGGUUUUGGCUGAUCCCACAUGUAAAAACCUUUCCUUCAAUUUUGUUUUGUUGGCUUACUCCAUAAACCUCUAAUAUGGCUUCCGAUUACUGUUGCUUUGCAGAUUAUUCUACACUUGCCCAGUGUUGCAAAGUGUGUUAUGUCUUUAUCUUUUUAUUUGCUAUAUCUAUCUGUAUUUUUAUCAUAACUUGUUUGCUUUUAAUCUUCAGAUAAAUUCACAGACUCGGCUAUUGCCACAAGCUCUAAAGUAAAUGGUGAGCACAAGGAAAAGGUACUAAUGCGGUGGGAUGGAGGAGAGGCCAACACAGACGAAUACGAUCUCGACUCUGAUAUGGUGAGUUCAGUCUUGGGGGUUACACUAGUGGAUUAUUUGGCUUUUAGUUUUGCCUUUUUUUAAAACUUCUAAUUGUUGCUCAAUUCUAAAUAUCUUCUUUGACAGUCAAAUGGCUGGGAUCCAAACGAUAUGUUCAAGUUUAAUGAAGAUUACUAUGGUGUGAAGACCACAUAUGAUAGCAGCCUGUCUUCUUACACGUGAGUGAUUAGAUAGUUUGCAUAAUGAAACCUUGCUCUCACAUAGUCUCCUUCAUUGCGAAUGCAGAACACAAAAUUGUUGAGCUCACUAAUUAAAUGUGGGGGGCAGGGGGGGCGUGUUUCCUCCCUCUCCCCUAUGUAUGUGUUGCAUGGCACACAUUGUUUUAUAUGAGCCAUAUCUACCAUAUUGGUUUUAGGUUUUGCUAUGCUUCUUGGGAAAUCACACACCUACUCACCCCAAGAAUCUGUACCGUCUUUUAUCACUUCCUGACAAAUAAUUAGAUCUUACCUUGUCUGUUAUUAGGGUUCCUUUAGAAAAGGAUAAUAGUGAAGAGUUUAGGCAGCGAGAAGCACGGGCAGCACAACUGGCUCGAGAGAUAGAAUCCAGUCCCCAGUAUCGUGCACGGAUUGCCAUCGAAAAUGAUGACUGCAGGACUGAGGAGGAGAAACACAGUGCUGUCCUCCGGCCCAGCUCUGACCGGGACAGCCCCAGCCUGGGGUCAAGGUUAGUAAUUAUUUAGCAAUUCUUUGUAAUGUUGGUCAAAGCUUUCUAACUUUAAAUAUAUAUAUUCAUGUUCUGUUAGAUCCGGAGAAUGGAGUCCUCCAUUCAUAGUCUGUUUUGUUUACACAGAGAUGGGAAGUAUGUUCCACUUCCUCAGCGGGUUCGUGAUGGUCCUCGUGGGGGACUGAGAAGUGGCACGCCUAGAGGAAGACCUGGAUUAGGCUCCAUACCCUCCCGGGGAUCUUCUCAACAUUAUCCAGAAACAAAUUCCAGCCCUGCCCCAGAACAGAGAGGCAUCAAUGGAGGUAAAAGUCAACAAACCUUAUUAGAUUGUGUAUUUAGAGCACAGUGUAGUAGCUAUAAGUGGAAUAUGACUGUAAUAUGCUGAAAUCCUAAUUCUGUGAAUACUUUGUCUUUUGAGCACUGGUCUUUAAAGCAAUUUUACUUUUAUAUGAUCGAAAAUGCGCAUUUGGGUUUGUAUGUUCCCCCUAAUUUCACAUUCCUUAAUUAGUAUAGUGUGUAGGGUACACUUGGUAAAGAGCAAAGAAACAUUUGAAUUUUAGAACCUUGAGGUGUAGUCUUAUAUAGGUUGGAUACCUUUAAAUAAAGAUAUAUAUUUAUUUAUUUUUUUAAAUUCUCUUCUCAGGGCCCUCACGGAUGUCGCCCAAAGCUCAACGACCAAUCAGAUGCUCCAAGCCCAUGUCUUCUCCAUCCACUAGACCAGUUGAAGUGUCCACCUCGCCAUCAGGUCAGUUUAACUUGCUAGUUCAAUGAAUUGAGCAUUGGUUUGACAUUUCUGUAUGUAUCAUGGUAUGUGUUGCAUUCAUAUAUUAAAGUCAUCUAUAGUUAUCGAACAUGUUAAAGUCCUUAAUUUUUAUUUUUUGGGCUAUAGCUUCCUCUCGUGUGUACUCCCCACUGUCUCCUAAAUCCAGUUCUUCUGUAAGUUCUGUUGAUUCUUCUUUGGGAGCGCCUUCUACGACUUCAACCCCUGACUUGCGUCCUGCAGCAGAGCCCAUCAUGGCUGCUAAGCCAUCAUCUCCGAAGAGCGUGACUCCCAUUUUACUUGGGGAAGGUGAGAAGUCUUGUUUAAAGCCAGAGACUCGUCGUCUGUAACAAAGUCUCUGCCAAAAUAUCUCAUAACGUAUUGUAAUUGAUUAUAUAGACUGAAGUAGUGUAAGCUGAUGCUGGCUUCUCUUUGUAGAAGCACUAGUAUUUUGUUUUCCUCAAAGCAGUCGAUUUUCAGCUAUUGGAGAUCCUGUACCUAAUAAGAAUGACCUUGCACUUUACAAUUUAUUCUGCACCUUUUACUUGACUGUUUCCUUAACGUUUGAUACUAAGUAACAUUUGUGGCACUAUUUCUUACAAGUUGCAAUUUUGUGCACCUAUUUAUGAAUUGGUUCCUGCUGUUUGCUGGGCAGGUGUCUUGUAUUUUGACUAGCUGUUGUGUGUAUAUAUAUAUAUAUAUAUAUAUAUUAAAAAAAAAAAAAAAAUAAAGUUCUUGUUUUCCUUUAUCCUGUCAAGUGCUCCACUGCAGGCUCUGCUUGCUAGAGAAUAUCGUAUAGGUAGAAUUUGGGUUUAGGAGCUACUUAAACAGCAAAAUGAGGCCAUUUAGAGUUUCAAGUAUACCUGUCAUGGUGCACACAUUUUGGCUUUAAAGAGCAGGAAUUUUUAUCUAGACAUUUUUAAAUGUCUUCUUACCAGCCCGUCCAAUUCACAGGACCAACCUCUGUGCCAAGCACAGACUGACAUGAGAACAGGAAAACCCAUGUGCAGGAUGUUUUUGUUUGCCAGAGCUACUCCCAGAAAGUAUUUUCAUUCACUUACUGGGAGACUAUAGGGGCACAGAAGCCUGCUUGUCAUUUGGGAGCAGAGUCAAUUGCAUUAGAAGAUUGGGAAUGGAUUGUGACUUUUAUAAUAACGUGACACCCACUGACCUCUUAGAAGGCCAGCAUUUAAAGAUAGGCAGCAGCUAAGGAAAUGUAACACCUGCUAAAUCAAAUAUAUAACUUGUCUUUUAUGAUUCUAUAUUUGUAAUGUUGGGAGCGGUUCUGUUUAGUUGAACCUGGCAUUCCAAGAUUACUUAGUAGACCGGUAGUUUAUGCUUUGUCAGCCUUUAAGGGGUUACUGUAGACACAAUAAAAAUGUCGGCUUGUUAAUAGUUCAAGGAUCAUAUCUGUGCAGUAUUUCACAUGGAAAUUCUGCCACUUCAGAAUAUGGGUUUUUGUUUAUUUUCUCAGUUUGUUUAUGCCCGCUUCAUGGUCUUUUCUACUGGGAGGCAUUUUCGGGGCAGGUGAAAACUGGCCUGUGAGUGGGAUGCCACGCUGUGUUAUCAAUGUGCUAGUCUCAGACCACCUGUUACGCAUGCGUUUAAGCCUCUAGCCUGUGAUUAGAUUUAUGGCUAGACUUGCUGGGUUGUUGCACAUAUAGUGCCCUUUUAUGAGAAGCAUUGGACUGAUUAAACUGUGUGCAGAAAUCUUGAUGCUGACCAGCAAGAACAAAGUUUGUGUUGGGCAGCAAAGAGGAAUGGGACCGCAUUAGCUUGCAUUUUAGUACACUUUAGGUUUGUGGGGUUUCACUUUAUAUUCUUUUUAAUUUUUUUUUCAGUGUUCUCUGUGCAUUAAAGGUACACUCCAACUUAAGAAACAAGCUUUGAUUUCUUGUGUUAAAAACGAAUUAUGAUUUAAAUGGAAGUGCCUGCACUAUACAUAAAAAUACCUGUAAACUAGUGGCAAUGCCGCAUGCCUUCCCAGCAGAUCAAGUGAAUAAUCUCCUGCGCUAUUGCAAUAAUUUCCAUAGACAAGUAAUGAAACCAAUGCAACUAAAGUCCACACUAUAGCAGUGAGAGUUGGGGUGGUGCAUUUUUUUUUUAAAAUACUGUUUUAGCACAAUUUUAUUUUUUUGUUUUUUUUUUUUAUUUUUUUUUAUUUUAUAAAGUAGGGUUAAUAAGUACCACAUUAAGGUAUGUGUAAAGACUUGCUGGCAGCUCACGGUUGUCAAAUGAAGCCACUGCAUGUGCGCAAGAACAUAUCUGUAGGCUUUAUUGGCUCGCGCGAGUGCAUUACAUUCAGGCUUUUUAAGCAGCAGAGCUGUCUCUGCUACUUUAUAUGCUGUAAAUCAAAGUUUAUUUCUCCACACUACUUGUGAAUCUCAUUUUUAUAGGUAAGGAAAACAUCACUUCUAAAAUAGUACAACCAAACCAGUUAUUUUGGAUAUUCUUACAUUUUUAUAUUGAAAUUCAUCAUUUACAUGUUUUGCUAGGCAUAUUGCUGUAUGCAUGAUACUGCAAUAGAGCAUGCGCAUGUUCAAAACUUGGGUGGUGGCUCCAGAACGAUGAAGUGUGGGGUCGGGGGGUGGAGGGGUGUGUGUGUGUGUGUGUAUGUAUAUAUAUAUAUGUGUGUGUAUAUAUAUAUAUAUAUAUAUAUAUAUUAUACACACGGUUUUAUUCGUUGGAGUAAAUGCUGCAAUAGCAUUUACAGAGGCUAAGAAACAGCAAAACAUUUCAUUUAUGUUGAGCUUUCCAUCUAAUGCUUUACAGAGUUUAUGUAUUCAAGAGGGGGAUCAAAUUCUAGAAUAACUUCUGUAUAGCAGCUUCUGCAAAGACCAAGAACUGGCUAUGGUAUGUCUGCAAUUCCUGGUCUUCAUUAUUUUUCAUGAAAAAUGUGCUUGGCACAUUUUAAAGUGGCACUGUCACUAUUUGGUGUCUUUGCUGAAAUUGCAAAGUUGUCCAACUGGGACGUCACCAGGUGGGCUCAGUCGGGCAGAGGAGAAAUACAGAGACAAGGUAGAACUUGGUCUCUGUAUACCUCUUGACUGUUGGAACUUCACUGAUAUUCCAGCACAGUCAUAAUGAGUGUUUUGGGGAUGGAGGGGGACAAUGCUGCUUUAAGAGAUAGUCAGGUGUAGUGCUCUUCUGUAAGGGAUUUAUGAAGCAACUUCUAUUAGCAUUCCAAAGUUCUUACUUCAUGUUUAUUAAUGAAUAUAGGUGUUCAUGGCUGCCUUCCUUAAAGGACCACUAGAGUGCCAGGAAAACAUACUCGUUUUCCUGGCACUAUAGUGCCCUGAGGGUGCCCCCACCCUCAGGGACCCCCUCCCACCCGGCUCUGGAAGGGGGGAAAGGGUUAAAAACUUACCUUUUUCCAGCGCUGGGCGGAGAGCUCUCCUCCUCUCCUCCUCCUGGGCUGAAUGCGCACAAAGCCGCGCCACAUUCAGCCGCCGCAUAGAAAGCAUUUACAAUGCUUUCCCUAUGGACGCUAAUGCUCUCACUGUGAAAAUCACAGUGAGAAGCACGCAAGUUCUAGUGGCUGUCAAUGAGACAGCCACUAGAGGAUUAGGGGAAGGCUUAACCCAUUCAUAAACAUAGCAGUUUCUCUGAAACUGCUAUGUUUAUAAAAAAAAUGGGUUAACCCUAGAAGGACCUGGCACCCAGACCACUUCAUUAAGCUGAAGUGGUCUGGGUGCCUAGAGUGGUCCUUUAAAGAAAACGGAGUGUCUCUGUAGGAUAAUAUAAAAAUAAAAACCGAAAACUAACAACUCAUCCAAACGUGCUUUUAGUGCUUAACAUGUUCAGUGAAGUACCCUUAACAACCCCUGGUAAGAACAUGUAAUGCAAAAAGUGUCUUUGUAAACUUCAACCUAUGUAUAAAGAUUUUAUUUAUUUUAAAAUUGUAAGUUCUUAAAACAGUUUUAAUUGCUGAAAUCUUACAAAAGUCUGUCAACUCGUGUUGGAAAGUAUUGUGGCCAUUUAUGCCAUUAGUUAAACUCUUAAUGGUUGAGUCCAGCAGGAUUCUGAAAACUAAUUUGUUUACAUUAUUCAGGUAAAGAGAUUCCUACUCCAGCUGCAGUGAGAGAGCCAGGUCGUACACCAGAACAGAACGCUCAGUCUGAUGUUAUCAAACAGCCUUGUAAAGGUUUGUAAUUUCCCUUAUGUCCAAUCUCUGAAUGCAUUUUUUUAAACUUAUUUUUAUUAAAUUGUUUUCUUUAUAUGACAUGUACAAAUAACAUACAAUUUAGUUAAUUUGAUUGUCUAUAAGUUGAACAUAUAGGUUUGUACUUGUAUGUCUGAUAUAUCGCAUUGAGUGUGUGUCACAGUGGAUCGGUGGGUUCUAAUGACUAUUAUCCUUUACUUUAUCUAACGGAUAUCAAUUUCUUGUACAGGGGCUUCCAGUGAUAUUUCUUAAUCAGAUCUUUCAUCUCUACAUUGUCUUGUUAAUUUAAUAUUUGAAUGUUCAUUAAUUGCCAGCUCCAUUCGUAAUUGAAAUAAUUGGUUUAUUAUAUAUUUCUAUACUGGGAAGUUUUUUAGUUUUCCAGUUUCUGGAUAUUAGAAAUUCCAUCUUUUUUAACUUGGGCCAUCUCAAAUGUAAUAAAGCUACCUCCUCUCUGAAUGCAUUCUAAUGCAUAUUAGGCUCGUUCAUCCAGCCGUAAAGCUUUAAUAUUCAGUAGUGCUUAGUAGUUUAUGAAAAUGCCCAGCUUUGCCUUUAAAACUGCCAGAGUAAGGAGGCUAGUGUGAAUUGAGUGCGUUUACUAAACGGUGCCCAAGCUCUUUUAACCCCUUAAGGACCAAACUUCUGGAAUAAAAGGGAAUCAUGACAUGUCACGUGUCCUUAAGGGGUUAAACUGGUGCUUCCUUGGCACUAUGCAAUGUCUGCACGUUAAAGAGCCCAUGGUAAUUGGGAUUAAUGUAUAUAUUUUUUUUGCUCCUCUCUUAACUCCUUAUGGACACAUGAUGGUAAUAAUAUUCCGUCAUGAUUCCCUUUUUAUUUCUGAAACUGUGUCCUUAAGGGGUUAAAUAUUCCUGUAGAUCACUAAUAAUGAAGAUUAAAUUAAAGGGAAAAAAGUGAUCUCCCCUCUCCCACACCACUCUAAUUUUGUUUUUAACUUUCAGUGCUGCAGAUUGAUCAAAAGCGAAAUCAACUGGAUGAACUGCGCAAAUUUGGGGCAGAGUUCAGAGUAAGUGAUAUGAAUCAAAAUUAAAUGUCUUAAUAUAUAUAAAAAAAGAUCAGUGGCUUGUACCCUAUUUUUUUAGGCUCAUAUUUUUUUCUUGAUUGUGUGUUGAAGAAAAAAAUUAAUCAUGCUGAGUAUAAAUCUAUUCACUCUUAUAUUAAAUAUUUAAUACAACACAUUAUUUCACAUCCUUAGUACUGCUUCAGUUGCCCAAUAGAUAGUAAUGGGUCAAUAUGGCCACUUCCUAAGUUGUACUUCAUGGUCUCUGUUUAGCUACAGCCAAGUGCUGGCCCAGAGUCUGAAGCCUUCUCAUCAAGGCCAAGAGAUGCAUUGGAGACAAAAGUUCCUCAGCCAGACUCCAUCCCAUGUGAAGGAGCAGAGCCUCCCAGCACCGUGCAGAAAAUCCUUGAGCCAGCCGAAGACAAAGACAGAGUUUGUGACAAUUCGGAGCCGCAAGAUGAGGUAGUUAGUCCUCCAAGCAAGACUGAAACCGAAGGAAAGGAGGAGCCAGCAGUGUGCGAGUAAGUUGGCUAUUGCCAUAUACAAAAUGUCUGGCAUAUUGUCAAGCGCUGAAAACUGCAUGUUUCCUAUACAAAAAUCUUGUCUCUUUACCUUUUUAGUCAAGUGAAGAAAUCCACCUUGAAUCCGAAUGCUAAAGAAUUUAACCCUUCCAAAACCCUUCUAGCUGUGGUAUGUUAUUGCUGCUAACUCUCCUUGAGGUUUCUCUCUAGCUAUAAUUUUGUUGUGUGGAGUAACAAAAUAAAUCUGUAUAAUACUGAGGCUUCUGUGUCAUUGGCAGAGAAUGUAUAAACUUGCUAGGUCUUCUUUGCUUUUGUUUACUUGGCAUCUGCUUCUAUUUGAGGCAAUACAUACAGGAUGUUUGGAGUUGGUCUGUGCAUGUCAUGAGAUUUUAUUUAAUGCUUUGUUCCCUCUCCCCCAGAACAAAGCAACAAGUACGCCCACCUCCCCUGGACCAAGGAACCACUCCACCACCAUUCCAAUGCUGACUGCUGGGCAGAGUGGGGUGUACAGUCCAUACAUAUCCUACAUUCCCCAGCUUCACAUGAGCCCAACUGUGCAAGUGAGUGGAUGUUAAACGGUCUUCCAGGUUUUGUUUGUCCAACAUCCCAUCAAAUGAGUUUUACAUGCCCCUUCUCUUUCCCAGGCUCCUCAGAUGUACCAGUAUCCAGGCUCUGUGCCAGGGCAGCAGGGGAAAUACAGACCAAAAGGUAAGGGGUGUUUGUUUUUAUUCCCCUACACAGCAGCUUUUUAGAAAAUUGGAUAUCCAUUUUUUUUUUUUUUUGUCAUAUGUUACUGUAUUGCUUAUGGGUUCAAUGCUUUCACUGCUGCCACUGGUUUUUGUAGCCUUAGGUUUGAGCCUUUUCAUUCCUAUUUGCAGGAUCUCUUCCUCCUCAGCGCUCUGACCAGCCAAACUCCGCUCCUUCUCUCAUGCAAGCAGCAGCUGCUGCUGGGCCUCCUCUAGUAGCAGCCACGCCAUAUUCACCUUACAUCUACAGCCCUCAGCAGUUCCCUGGACAGCCAACAAUGAUGCAGCCUGUGGCCCAUUAUUCUUCUCAGGUAUAAUAUAUGGAUAGGAACUAAACAGGCCAAAUCCCAUGUUUACUUAGAAUGCAUUAACGACUGUACAUGGGAUUAGUUUUACUCUUUGGGUAUUUACUUGAGACCUCUUUAAAUGCCUGACUUUUUAUUUUUUAUUUUUUUUUCAGCCUGUUUUUGCUCAGAUGAUUCAAGGUAACACACGUUUGAUUGCAUCUGGCAACCAUCAAGCUUUGGUUUCUUCAUCUAAUCCUCAGUACCCUCCCACCGAUCAGCCCAAUCCACAAACUCUCUAUGGUGAGUCUCACACUGACCACUAGUGUAGGCAACAUAUGAAUUUUUGGGGGGUGUUUCGUGCAUGUACCUUGCAUCAAACAUAACACUAAUGUGAUUUUUGCUUGCAGCCACUGUGCAUCAGUCGUACUCGCACCAUGCAGCGCAGCUUCACCCACAGCCAGCUAGCACCCCUACCCAGAGCCAGCAACAAUCCCAGCAUGCUAAUCCCAGUCCUGUGCAGGUGAGUCUACUUCCUGCCUAUGCCUUGAGCUGCCCACUGGUUUUGUGGUCUACAAGAUACCAACUUGAGCCUUCAGAAGCCUAACUGGUGUCUGGUUUUUAAUGUUUUUCUGAUCUAUGCUUGAAAAUUAAUUGUUUAUAAAGGAUUUAAUGAUGUAUUGUAUCAUUAUAGAGCAGUCAGAAUGAGGAAGAAACUAAUUCUUCGUUAACCGUACACCAUGCUAUGUUUUACCUUUAGUGGAAGCUAAAACGCACACUAUCCUUCAUUUUGGAAAAACCAGUUUGAGAAAUUGCUAUUAAUAGGGAUCACGUAUGUCUUUUAUUGAUUACAUUUAGAACGCCAUUGACAUGGCUUUGGAUGUGUCCACCCCAAAUAUUAUGGUCUGGACCUGAUCCCAUCCUGUAUUAAGAGGGAGGUUGGUUGACAAAUUCAUAUUGAUUUUGCAUUGCAACUCUUUGGUGGCUCUUAAAUGAUGGGAGUCUGAUUAAUUUAUACUAGAUUAGGUUUUUCCUGUUGCAUUCUCCAGAUAUUUGUUUUCAGCUAGUGUCCUGCUAUCCUUUUAGUGUAUCAGUUCAGUGUUUCAUGGUUUUGUCCGCUAGUAAAUUGUUACUGUGUAUUCUUACAGGCAUGUAAUAUGUGCAGGAUAUGUGUAUAUUUAUAUUGACUAAUCUAUUGCGUGGUGUUUCAUCUCUCUAGCAUCAAGGUGGCCAGCCUCCGCAUUUGGGUAGCGGUCAACCUCAGCAGAAUUUGUACCAUGCAACUGCCUUAACAGCAACUCCCCCCUCCAUGACUCCUGGGCCAACUGCACAGUCCCCACAGAACAGCUACCCCCAGCAAGCUGUAUAUGCCAUCCAUGCACAUCAGCAGCUUCAGCAUGGGUACACAAAUAUGUCUCACGUGGCUCAGGUACUUAAACCUAUCCGUCUCCUUGGGGCUUUCUUGGGAUAGAGAACAUUACUAUCCUCCACCAUUGCACCCCACCUGAUAUAUAAAAUAUAGAUUCCCUCCCCCCUCUUCUCACUUCCACGCUCCCCCUUCUUUCCCAGACUGUGUGGCUAUAUCUAUAUCUAAUUUUAUUUUAUGUUCUCUCCUCGAUUCACUUUUUAAGGCUCAUGUGCAGUCUGGAAUGACAGGAGCACCUCCCCCUCCCCAUCCUGGUGGCCCUCACCCCCCACACCCUGGUGGCCCUCAUCCUCCCCAGGUUAUGCUUUUACAUCAUUCCCAGACCCAUGGAGGUCUUCCACAGGGCGGUGUUCAACAGACAACCGUUUCAAACCCUUCAGCGUACACCUAUAUACAGCAUCAUCCAGGUGGGUUUGUUUAAAGGUAUUUUUUUUAUAUAUUUUUUUCGCUUUUUGGGGGGGGGGGAGGGGGAGUGGUGUUAACUUCUAACCUGAAUGUUAGAAAAAAGUUUGUAUUUCUCUUUUAGAUUUUGUUACCCAUGUGUCUUGAAAGAAGUUUAUUUUCAUGGUUCAAGUUUGUGUUUGAAUAAAAGAUGAGCUUCUGUCAUAGCCCAAUAUUAGGGACUGUCAGAGCCUUUUGUUCAGGUACAUUAAAGAAUCCUUUACUUGUGUAUUUUUAUUUUAUUUUUUUAUACAAAAUGUUGUCCACAAACUAGAUUAGAGGUAGUGUUGCAUUGGCUAAACCCACAAAGGGAAAGACUUGUAGUGUGUUUUUUUUGUUUGUUUGUUUUUUUUUGUGUUUUUUUGUAUAUGCAUGCAUCUGUAAAAACAGUCAAUGUAAUGAUCUCAUAUCGUUUGAACAAAUGCUGAUCAUAAACACUGUUUGUUUUUUAAUAUAGCCUGUGAAUUACUUUUUAUGAUCAUUGCUUUCUGGUUAUUAUUGCAGUUCAAUCACAUCCGUCCCAACAACUUCCAUUCCACCCACCCGGUAACUGAGCUUUUAAACUAGCCCUCCAGUCAUAACCCCCGAAGCAAUCCUGCCUCCAGCCCCUGUGGUCCUGGAAACUGCAUGAGGCAGAAUGUGGCCCCCAGCCUGCAUAGAGACUUCCUGAGGUGAUGGAUCUGAGGGCUUCCAGAGGCAAGCGUGUAGGACCUGCCUCCAAAGCCCUGCAAGGGAUAUCCAAGGCAAUGGAGAGUAAACUGUCCGAAAGAGUUACGAUGUGUGGAUUCUCCAGUGUGAGGCAGUUCCUAUCCUUCCACUGGCCCCAAUGGGGGGAAAAUUGUUUUUUUUUUUUGUUUUGGUUUGGUCUGUGGGGUGGGAGUUCUCAACUCUCAUCUUUUUACAGAGACUGGAAUAAAACAAUUUUUAUUUUUAACUUAUAAAGAAAAUUGGGCAAUUCCAAGGCAGACCUUUAGUGUUUGUUUUUGUAUUUUAUUUUUUUUUUAUUUUUUUUCCCUUUUCUCCUGAUCUUUUCCCUCCUUUCUCUCCAUCACCUUUACUCAUUAACUUGAACUGAGUGAUGGACUACUUUUUAUUAAAUAAAAUAUUUAAAAAAGAAAAAAAAAACCUACAAAAAGUUUAUAAAAAAAUACAAAAAAAUACAAAAAAAUAAAGUUUUAAACUAUAA